UGCACUUCGUCGACAGGGGGAUUGCAAACCGAGAAAACAAAAAGUGUCCGGUGAGAUGCGCCGUUUGUCCAGACUUCCUUGCAGAUGGGUUUGCGGAAACGCCUGUGAUGUGAACUUUCUGCAGAUUGUGUAAUUCUUCCUGCAGGAUGAAUUAAGAGAAGAGGAUCCUUACUCUUUAGGAAUGGAGAGCAGUCUGUCAGUUUCCAGGAUGCAAGACCCUUCAUCUUCACCCUUGGAAAAACAUCAGAGCUCAGCUAAUGGAAAUGGAGAUCUUGAUUCAGAAGAAGGUUCAAGCUGGGAGGAAAUCGGCUUUAACUGGGGAGAAUAUUUGGAAGAAACGGGUGCCAGUGCGGCGCCUCACACAUCGUUCAAGCAUGUUGAAAUCAGCAUUCAGAGCAACUUCCAGCCGGGGAUGAAGCUGGAGGUGGCGAAUAAGAACAACCCUGACACAUACUGGGUGGCCACUGUCAUUACCACCUGCGGGCAGCUGCUGCUGCUGCGCUACUGUGGCUACGGGGAGGACCGCCGGGCCGACUUCUGGUGUGACGUGGUGAUCGCGGAUCUGCACCCCGUGGGGUGGUGCACGCAGAACAACAAAGUCUUGAUGCCCCCGGAUGCAAUCAAAGAGAAGUACACGGACUGGACAGAAUUUCUUAUUCGAGAUCUGACUGGUUCCCGGACGGCACCCGCCAACCUCCUAGAAGGACCUCUGCGAGGGAAAGGCCCUAUAGACCUCAUUACAGUUGAUUCCUUAAUAGAACUUCAGGAUUCUCAGAACCCUUUUCAGUACUGGAUAGUUAGUGUGAUUCAAAAUGUUGGAGGAAGAUUACGCCUUCGCUAUGUGGGAUUGGAGGACACUGAAUCCUAUGACCAGUGGUUGUUUUACUUGGAUUACAGACUUCGACCAGUUGGUUGGUGUCAAGAGAAUAAAUACAGAAUGGACCCACCUUCAGAAAUCUAUCCUUUGAAGAUGGCCUCUGAAUGGAAAUGUGCUCUGGAAAAAUCCAUUAUUGAUGCUGCCAAGUUUCCUCUUCCAAUGGAAGUCUUUAAGGAUCAUGCAGAUUUGCGAAGCCAUUUCUUCACAGUUGGAAUGAAGCUAGAGACAGUGAAUUUGAGCGAGCCCUUUCAUAUCUGUCCUGCGUCGGUGACCAAGGUUUUUAACAAUCAUUUUUUUCAAGUGACGAUUGAUGACCUAAGACCAGAACCUAGUAAACACUCGAUGCUGUGCCACGCGGAUUCUUUGGGGAUUUUACCAGUACAAUGGUGCCUUAAAAACGGAGUCAACCUCACACCUCCCAAAGGUUUCUCUGGCCAGGACUUCGACUGGGCGGAUUAUCACAAGCAGCAUGGGACAGAAGAAGCGCCUCCCUUCUGCUUCAGAAAUACAUCCUUCAGUCGGGGUUUCACAAAGAACAUGAAGCUUGAAGCCGUGAACCCCAGGAAUCCAGGAGAACUCUGUGUGGCCUCUGUCGUCAGUGUGAAGGGGAGGUUGAUGUGGCUUCGCCUGGAAGGCCUGCAGACUCCUGCUCCGGAGUUUAUUGUGGACGUUGAAUCCAUGGACAUCUUCCCAGUGGGCUGGUGUGAAGCGAAUUCCUACCCUUUGACCACACCACACAAAACAGUCUCACAAAAGAAGAGAAAGAUUGCAGUUGUGCAACCAGAAAAACAAUUGCCAUCCACAGUGCCUGUUGAGAAAAUACCUCACGACCUUUGUUUAUUUCCUCACCUGGACACCACAGGUACCGUCAACGGGAAGUACAGCUGUCCUCAGCUCUUCAUCAACCACAGGUGUUUCUCAGGCCCCUACCUGAACAAGGGGAGGAUCGCAGAGCUACCUCAGUCGGUGGGACCAGGCAAAUGUGUGCUGGUCCUUAAAGAGGUUCUUAGCAUGAUCAUCAAUGCCGCUUACAAGCCUGGAAGGGUCUUAAGGGAAUUACAGCUGGUGGAAGAUCCACACUGGAAUUUUCAGGAGGAGACGCUGAAGGCAAAGUACAGAGGCAAGACGUACAGGGCCGUGGCCAAGAUCGUUCGAACCUCUGACCAAGUCGCGGAUUUCUGCCGGCGAGUUUGUGCCAAGCUGGAAUGCUGUCCGAAUUUGUUCAGUCCUGUGCUGAUUUCUGAAAACUGCCCGGAGAACUGCUCCAUUUAUACCAAAACCAAGUACACCUAUUACUACGGAAAGAGAAAGAAGAUCAGUAAACCCCCAAUUGGGGAAAGCAGCAUUGAAAUCGGACACCCGAAACCAGCCAGACGGAGGAAACGGCGAAAAUCCAUUUUCGUGCAGAAGAAACGGAGGUCUUCUGCCGUGGACUUUGCAGCAGGCUCGGGGGAGGAAAGUGAAGAAGAGGAUGCAGAUGCCAUGGACGAUGACACUGGGAGUGAGGAAACCAGCUCUGAGCUCCGGGAUGACCAGACAGACACCUCUUCGGCCGAGGUCCCCUCCACCCGGCCCCGGAGGGCCGUCACCCUGAGGAGCAGCUCCGAGCCGGAGCGCCGGCCUCCCGUGGAGAGAGUGCGGCGGGGCCGGAGAGCGCAGACCCCCUCCUGUGCCGAGGGCGGGGACAAGGGGACAGCAGCUGGCCAGGACGCGGCAGAGGAAAUAAAGCAGGAGGAGGAGGAGAGACUUGUUCUGGAGAGUAACCCGUUGGAGUGGACGGUCACCGACGUGGUGAGGUUCAUUAAACUGACCGACUGCGCCCCCUUGGCCAAGAUAUUUCAGGAACAGGACAUUGAUGGACAAGCACUCCUGUUGCUGACUCUUCCGACGGUGCAGGAGUGCAUGGAGCUGAAGCUGGGACCCGCCAUCAAGUUAUGCCAUCAGAUCGAGCGAGUGAAAGUGGCUUUCUACGCCCAGUAUGCCAACUGACUCCACCCUCUCUGGAGGUGGCCCGUUAUCUUGGUGAUGCAGUAUCUUGGGAAGGUGUUUGGGACUGAAGCUUUUAUUUUUUGGGGUCUACAUGAGACAGUACAUCCACGAAGUAUCACCAAAACGCAAGAAGCAUGAAGGACCUCUUCCAUCCACCAGCCUGUCUGAUAUUUCCGUGUUUUUAAAGCACACUCAAGUACCAGCCACAGCUGUGGCUUCUGGAGUGUGUAAAUUAAAGUUCUGUCUUGGCCCCUGUGGGAUAUGGAAGAGGAUUUUUGCAUAUCCUCAUCUCGCCUUUCUCCCACCCCAAACCAGGCAGCUGCCUUUAAACAAGAUUUCCUAAACCAAGGCCCACGUUCCUUUGAAAACUAAGGCACAUUUGCUCUCUUCUCGAAUGUGACUGAGAAGGAUGCCUGGCUGGUAGUUUUUGCUCUAAUCAUUCUCAGGCGCAUUUGUAGAUGCUUCUUUCCUAUCAAUACACAUGUGGCUGUGGUGGUGGCUGUCACCGCAGUUUGAUCUUGGUGGCAACUCAUUUCUCAAAUACAACUGUAGGCGAUGUUUCAGGAUGUAGCAAUGAAAAGAUGGGCUAACCCUGCACCUUCUGUCAGGGGUACCUUUUAGGAAGUGGCGGGAGUGAGGGCAGGCGGGGUGUGAUUGCAAUGAGACAGUUUUUCUUGAGUGAUGGACAUCUAGAAAGUCCGUAGAGAGUAGUUCUAUUUGCAGCCUUUCUAGAACCUCAAAGAUUUCUAACAUUCUGAUUUAACUGUGACCAGGUCACGGAGUAACUCCUUUAGUCUGUUGGGAAAUUUUGAGUAUAUUGAAGGAACAGCUUAAUUGCAGAGAGCAAGAGUGGGAAGAGAUUUGAGAGCUGUUCAUCAACCAGCUACAUCCCGUUAGAAGGUCGCAGUAGCAGGUCCCAUGAAGAGAUUCCCUUGAACGCCUCUCUCCUUCAGCCCAGCUCCGCCACACCCAUUUGCCGUAGGGAUGAGGAGGCCUGUGUUCUCGUAGCGAGCACUGGACCUGGAGGCAGCCCCAGUUCUUAUUCUGGCGUGGCUGCUAUCUCACUCUGUGAUCUUAGGGGACUUUGAAUCCCUCUGGACCUCAUUCCUGCACAGCAACAAGUUGGAACACUUAUGAGUGUAGAAGUGCACACACAUCCCCCUUGUCUACAGCCUGCUUGCGAUGGAAGGGAAGAGUGCAGAGUGGCCCAAAUGUGAGAAGGAAAAUAAAUGAAAAAGAAGCCUAUCGCCACAGCUUUUAACUCUGUCAUUCCCGCAGCUCACUCUGGCUUUGAGUUUGCUUAUGACAUUUCUGGGGAAGUUUUCAUUAAAUCAGUUAAAUCAUUUGCAGAGAGAUGUGUGUCUCUGAGAAUGGGCUGGUCUUUCGUCCUAAGCCCUUCUUGCGUGUACGCCCAUGAGUGAUCUAGUGUAUUCAUUCAAACCCAAAUGGACUACUCUAUUCUGUUGUGAUAGUUGCCCAAAUGCCUUUUCAAACUUAUGCAAGGAAACUAAUCCUUCACGUGGUCCGGGAGGGGACUCGAGAAACAGAGGCCGCACACCCUUCUGUUACUGUUACCCCAAUUACCUUGAUCUUUUCUUUUUGAUUAGAGUCUCAACAAUUCCAGUAAUAUGUGGUGGGCUGCUCAUACUUCUGCUACAUUUUAAGGCAUGAUUAUCUGUCACAUUUUGAAGAGUUUGAUUGCUAAUGCUAACCUUUAUUACCAUUCUGUAACUGUUACAGAGGAAAAUGGAAAACAAAUAUUUUGGAGUUAAGGCUUUUUCAUCUCCCCUGUAGCUGAUUCUACAGUGAAAUUUUAAAAGUUGGGCAAAUGCAUUUGCCUGGGGACCUCUGAUGGCAGGACCAGUGUCCUAACCUGUGUUAGCAAGCGCCAUUGUAAGUUGACUCAUGCUGGGCUUGCAGUCGGAUUUGUCUCUUCUAAGCUCAAGUUUCGACCUCCUCUCGGUUUCCGACCCUGCCUUCUCAGCCACGUGCUUUCGGCCUUAAAUGCUGAGUCUUGUGGAGUUAAACUCUGUCAGACAAGUGGAAAGGGUAUCCAUUUCAAGAUCUUUGGCAUUUUCCCUGUGCUGACUCAUUUAUAAUCUCCACUGUGGCCUUUUCAAGCUGAGCUAUUUCUGUUGCAUUUGAGGUGGGAACGAAGGAAUGUGGUGGCUGCAACAUAACGUACUUUCAGCACGAAUGUCACCUUCUCAUGUCCUUUGGAGUAACGGCACAGAGGAGGAGGUGCUACAUCGGAGUAAGCAGAUCUUCUGGGGUCUCUGGAGCCCACUCAGAGGAGCUGGAGGGCCUCCCACCAGGCAGCCUGGGCAAGACACCGCCACCAUUGCUGGGGAAGCUCCCCAUGGGGCCAGAUGCCCAAGACUCUUCUUAUCGACUUCAACCUUACAGUUGAACUUCAGUCUCUCUUUUUGGAGGAUCAGUCACUUCAUCUGCUUCUACUUUUUGUGUGUGAGUGGUAAGGAGGAGAUGGAUGCAACCUGGGGCAGAAGAAGGCCCAGCUCUGGGGUGAUCAUCACAAAAGUUGUCUACAUGCCGUCUCCCGGCCGUUCUGAGAGCCAGGAAACAUUUUAGGACCAAGAAGAUGCUUUUGCUCUGCGUGUGGCCAACAGGCUCCUGAACAUGGAUUCUUUGAGGAUUUCUGUGAUGGUGGGUGUAUUUCUUCACAUCAGUUGCAAUUCAGCUACACAAGUGUAAGGUGGUCUUCAUUUCUCUGUAGGAUUCACCUCUCACCAGCUUCUGUCUUAGAAAUAGGGCCAGUUUCCAAGGAACGUUUUCCUGUGUUGUUACUGUGUCUUUGUCUCUUAUGGCAGGAAGAAUUGAUUUUACAUGUUAGCCCCCCAAUACCACCACAGCCCCUAAGCCAAACGUUUCUUGGUAGAAACACCCCAGCAAGGGAGGCCCCACCUUCCCCCUCCGUCCCCGGAUGCCACAGUCUCUCCUCUGUCUGUCUGAUAGUACUUUGGGAUUACGUACCUGGGUCCUGCAUACGCCAUGCCGCUCAUUACCUCCCGGAACUGGCCAAGAAGUGUGUGUUCCCUCUCUUGGCCAAGCAGGCACUCUCCAGUCUGCACAGUGUGUAACUUGAGAAGCAGAAAUGCCACCAUCUUUCAUGCUCAAGAGUCUGUCACUCGAUCACUCCUGAAAGCUCGUUUCAGCCCCUAACUUCUUGACUGCACUUGUACUAUGUUGGGAAAGGAUCCUAUUCACAACAAUAUACUCAUAAAAACCUAAAAACAGCAGGAUACAACUGGCAUGACAGAACUUCUUUGCUUUUCAAAAAACACUUCUUCACCAUGAAGUUGCAGAAUGUGGAGAACUCAUCCAUCACUUUUAAAAUUAGGUUCAUUUGAUCAGAGUUUGAUUUGCACACCCAGUGUUUGAGCUGUACAGCUAUUACAUUGCUUUCCCUUAUUCGAUCAUAUUUGAAAGAUUAUUUCCUGUGCUCGCUUUGAUUUGCUCCUCGAUAAAAUGACUCAAACCUUGAACACUGCGAGCUCUGACCCUCACUCCAGUCUCUAGAAGGUUGGUUUUGAUCAGGCUUUGAAGAUGGGUCUCCGUUUCCUUGUUUGUCUCCUGGAAUUUUGAGUGUUGUAUCAGGCACAUUCUGAGAUUUGCCUUCUAUCUUGCACCAAACACACCUUUCGAAGAGCUUUCUCCUGUCGUUUUGGAAGCACUAAGGGUUUUCAUACUUUUUUUGUACAACACCCAUUUAUAUUUAUUUCUGUAUAUAGAACUAAAACAAAGAACCAUGGUGUUAAAAUCUUUGUUGUGGUUUGAGCAUCAUUGUUGCUUUCGGGUUAAGAGGGUGAAUCGAGACUCCAAGUCCCCUAUUCUAUCUUUAGGAAGCUGUGAUCGAGUGUGCAAUUAUUUGAAGGGAAAAAUAGUAAGUUAAGGUAUCUGUAGUCUUUAAGGAAGAAAUCGUUAGGUAUACAUACUGCCCGUGACUCUUGGCUGCAACAGCUGCAUAGCAAGGGAAGGCUGGAUGGGCAACUGUUAUGACUUAAUGAUUCUCUUUUUCAUUCACUGUUCUGUUCUGUUCAAGAGUUUUCUGGAAAUUGCUUUACUCCUUUUAACUUUGAAUUUUUAAGUUGAUUGAUUCUCAUCACUUUUAUCACUAGAGUUGGUUUACAAGUAUCCAAACACAAGGUGAUGAAAUCGAAUAGGCUGUUUUUGACCCACUUACCUAACACCUGUGAUUGCUGAUACCUGCUGCUGCCUGGGGUUUUGGUUAGAAGCGUCUCUAGUUUAGAUGAUAAUAACUCAGUUUCCUGAGCUGUAGACUUUCCGUGUCACUGGUUUUGUUUUCAGUGGUGAAGAUUUGGUACCGGCGAGUGAGUAUGUGGGUCUUGUCACAGAACCAAGCACAGCAGAGCUCCGUAUGGGCCGAAGAGACACAUCGAAGAAAAAGUGAAGUUCUGGGACAGCUGUUGCUGAAAAUCACCUUACCGUGAGAAAUCGGAGACAAAAUUUUUUAAAGGACAGAAAAAAUAAUCGUCUCAUUUCUCGUUCAAAAUGGGAGCUAGCAUGAUUUCUAGAAGCAUACACUCUUCCUAGUUGUGAAUGGUAAAAGCCCUUUUACUGUUUUGCAUUCCAGUUUGAAUAGUUUGUACUGAAAUUUGAUUCAUAUCUUGUGUACGUUUUGGUGCGUAAAAGGGAAAAAUUGGUGUUUUUGCUUUUGAGAUUUGCAGGACAAAGGGCAUGUUGUUGGUUUGCUGUAAGAUUGUAUUCUGUAUAUAUGUUUUCAUGUAAAUAAGUGAAAAUCUAUAUCAGAGUUAUAUUUUAAUUUUUAUUCUAAAUGAAAAGACCCUUUUUACUUGAAAAAAAUUGUAAGCCACAUUGUUAAUAAAGUGAAAAUAA